AUGCUGAACGCCGCCAUUUACGAGCGCACACAAAUCUUAAUCGGGGACGAUGGGGUGCGCAAACUACAAGACGUCAAUGUGUUUCUUGCCGGCGUGGGUGGUGUCGGUGGUCACUGCGCCGAGACCCUUGUUCGAAGUGGUGUUGGCCGCAUCACCAUCUGCGACCACGACGUUGUCUCCUCGACCAAUAAAAACCGCCAGCUCGUUGCACUCGACAGUACCAUUGGGAGGAGCAAGGUUGAGGUGCUCGCGAAGCGCCUGCAGGAUAUUAAUGCACACUGCCGCGUGACGGCACUCGAUGCCCUGCUGUUACCGGAGGACAUGCAGGACAUUUUGACACGCCAGCGCUACAGUUAUGUCGUUGACUGUAUCGACAGCGUUGACUGCAAGGUGGCGCUUCUCGCCACGUCGGUGCAACUCGGUCUCAGUACUUUCUCGUCUUGUGGGGCAGGCAGCCGCCUUGAUCCAUCACUCGUCACCACCGGCGACCUCUUUGACACAGAGAACGACGCACUCGCACGCUGCUGCCGCAAUGAGCUGCGCAAGCGUGGCCUGGGACCCGGCAAGAUCACGGUCGUGCACAGUCGCGAGACGGCACUGCGGCCGCUAGAGCCGCAGCGGCAGGAGUCCGGUGGGCGAGAUCGCGCCAUCAACGGAACUAUCAGCUACAUGCCACCGCUAUUCGGCCUUCUGCUCGCCGCCGCGGUGGUGCGCCACGCCCUGGACCCCGAGAAGGCGCGGCUGGACGUUGAACGGCGCCUCAAGAAGGCACGGAAGGAGGAGGCGAACCGUGCAAAAAACAAACGGCAAAAAACAGGAGGUAAAUGA